AGAUACAAAUGCGUAAUCUAUUUUUGUUAUUGGUGUUAUGUACAAUUGCUUCAAGUUGGGUGAUAUAUAGAAAAAGUCACAAGAAACGAUUAAUUUGUCGUGAAGAAACCGAAUGGACUAACUCAACAGCAAGUUACAUUAAUAAUUCAGCAAUUCGUUCAAAUUCUGAUGAAGAUGAUGAUAGUUCUGCGUCUUCUGAAACAAGAGCUCGCAAGAGAAGUAAAAGGGAUAUCGAAGUGGAUCCUGUGCACAAAGAGCCAAUCAUUUAUCUUGGGAUGGCAAGUAACUCAACGGUAUUUAUCGAUGAUGGAGAUUUUGAUAUAGUGUCUGACCAACUUACCAAAGAGGAACUGGAAAUGGUCAAACAACAAAUCAUGGAUACCUGCAACGCAUUAAACUCGGCAUAAUCAAUUUAUUUUCUUUUUGGAAGAACUUCAAUUAUUUCAAUUUUACUGGUUAAAUAUCGAAAAGUAUUAUCAAAUAAAGUUUCAAGUAAAAU